GGCGCACACAAAACCAGCGCGAUCCAAGCAGCCAUUGCGGAGCAGAGCCAAGGGUUUCGGACUUGUUUGCAUCGCUUCUCACGCAGUUGAAAGGCCACGGGACACAUCGAGGCGAGUCCGAACCCGGCACUGAUCUGUCCAUAGGUGUGGGGUCACUGGGCUCUUGGCUUCUCUGUCACCUGGAGUUGAUCUCUAGGGUUUUGCUUUUGCUAUCGGGGUGGUGUGACAAUAGUUUUUUUUCCCCCUUCUUAAAAAUGACGGUUAAUCCAGAUUAUCUGGUGCUUUUAUUCGCCACCACAUCUGGCGCAAGUGGGGACCAAUUGGGAUCAGAUGAGAAGGAAAUUGUACAGUUGGUUUGGCAGGUUGUGGAUUUAGCAACUAAAAAGGCUGGUCAGGUAAAUGAAUUGCUAGUCAAACCGGAUCACAUUGAGCUCUCUGAGGAGUGUCAGGAGGUGAGUGGACUUACCGAAGAGACCUUGACAGAAGCUGAACCGCUUGAGGAGGCCAUCGAACAGUUAAAUCAGAGGUUAUGUGCAGAAGUGGACGCAGGUGCAGAAAACACCUUCUACCUCUGUACUGAUGGACAGCUGCACAUUCGUCAAGUCCUCCAUCCCGAGGCUUCCAGCAAGAAUAUUUUGUUGCCUGAGUGUUUCUUCUCAUUCUUUGACCUGCGAAAAGAGUUCAAGAAUAAAUUCCCAUCAGAAGGGGAAUUGAAAGACUUGAAUCUUCAGGUCAUGGCUGACUACCUAAAUGUGGUUGUAGAUUCUUCUCUUCAUGCUUUCACUGCUCACAAGGUUCAGCAGAUGUCCGAAAUUGUUUUAGCACUUAUCUCGGAGCCUGUCUGUCACCAGUUCUCCUUCCCAGAAAAAGUGAAUGACAAGUUUGAGACUGGCACUUGCAGUAAGAUGGAGAGGGUGGAUGAUAACACAGUGAUCAGAGCUCGGGGUCUUCCAUGGCAGUCCUCAGACCAGGACAUCGCCCGAUUCUUCAGGGGUCUCAACAUCGCCAAAGGAGGUGCUGCGUUGUGUCUGAAUGCUCAGGGCAGGAGGAACGGAGAGGCACUAGUGCGGUUUGAGAGUGAAGAGCACAGGGAUUUGGCCCUGCAGAGACACAAGCAUCACAUGGGCACCAGAUACAUUGAGGUUUACAAGGCAACAGGUGAAGACUUUCUAAAGAUUGCAGGAGGUACCUCUAAUGAAGUGGCCAAAUUUCUGUCAAGGGAGAAUCAGGUUAUUGUACGCAUGCGUGGACUUCCGUUCACCGCCACCGCAGAGCAGGUGCUGCAGUUCUUCUCCCCGGCGUGUCCUGUGACAGACGGCAGCGAAGGCAUUCUGUUUGUACGUUUUCCUGAUGGCAGGCCCACUGGGGACGCAUUCGUCCUGUUCUCCUGCGACGAGCAUGCUCAGAACGCACUGAAAAAACACAAGGACAUCCUGGGCAAGAGGUACAUAGAGCUGUUCAAGAGCACUGCGGCUGAGGUGCAACAGGUACUGAACAGAUACUCAUCGGCCCCAUUGAUUCCUGUGGCCCCAUCCCCCAUCCUGUCUGUUGUGCCACCCCCCACAUUCGUGCCCCCAGCGGCAGCAGUGACAGGUGUGCGGGACUGCGUGAGAUUGAGGGGUUUGCCGUACGAUGCCACCAUUCAGGACAUAUUGGUUUUCUUGGGGGAAUACACCGGUGACAUCAAGCCACAUGGAGUGCAUAUGGUGCUUAACCAGCAGGGUCGUCCGUCGGGUGAUGCUUUUAUCCAGAUGCGUUCAGCUGACCGUGCGUUCUUGGCGGCCCAGCACUGCCACAAGCGCAGCAUGAAGGAACGUUAUGUGGAGGUGUUUGCGUGCUCCGCUCAGGAGAUGAACAUCGUGCUGAUGGGGGGGACGCUCAACAGGAGCGGCCUCUCGCCGCCGCCAUGUAAGUUACGACGUUUGUCACCUCCAUCAUACGCAUUUCCUCACGGGACAGCUGUUCUUCCUGCUGGAGCGGUCCUUCCUGCGGGAGCAGUGCUACCUGUGGAGCCAGCAGCUAUCUACCCCUCCCAGUUCCUGUUGAGUCCCCGAGCCCUGGCACCAACGACAGCCUUCUACCCUGCCAGCAACCCACUGUACAUGAACUACACCACCUAUUAUCCCAGCCCACCUGGCUCCCCCACUAACAUCAGCUACUUCCCUACUGGCCACACCCCUUCAGCCGGCUCAGUCCUCUCAGCCCCACCCACAGCACUGAUACGAAUGCAAGGCCACGCCCCUUCCCAUGUUUAUAAUAGCGGGUUUAAAGAAAUCCUCAGCAUGGUACAUGGAUAUCAGCCCGGCAACAGUGACGGUUUGGUAACUCUCCCUUCAAUGCUGUCGGCCAAGCAGCCUAUUGGAGACCAGACUGUAGGAGGUGGAGCCUAUCUUGACUUGCAGUUGCUUUAAGCCAAUCUAUUGACGAGGCCACGCCCCUGUGGUGGAUUCAACAAACCCCUCAAUACAAAGCAGUUUAUGCCAUUUAUGCUAUUUAUAUAAGAAUUUUAAAAAGAAUUAUAUGUAUUUUGAAUGUAUAUUGCACAUUGUUUUUAAUGCAUUAGAGCUAAUAUUCUACUCAUACGGUUUGUUGCGUGUGUUUGUAUGUUUGUGUCCAUGCACAUGUAGUGAUGUUCACUCAGGAAAUAGCUUCUUGAACCAGGGUCUAAACCAGGGGUGUCAAACUCAAUUCCUGGAGGGAAUAGAUUCAACAUUAAUUAAACACACUUGAUCCAACUAAUCAAGUCUUUCAGGCUAAUUUGAAAGCUACAUUGUAUGUGUGUUGAAGCACCCUUACGAAAAAGAAGUUUAUUCAAGUGUGCUAUUAGUAUACUUCUUUUAAACUAAAAAUAAGAAAGUAUGCUUUUAGUUUACUUUUUAUGUACUUCUCAGAAAUUGAC